CGGUAGUGGACACCCAUUUAGCAAACUUGGCAUGCAAUGUUCGAAUGCCGGAUAUUCUGGGCUUGAGUUUGCAGGGGGUAUUCCGGGGACAGUUGGAGGGGCCGCUUUCAUGAACGCUGGUGCACAUGGACAGGAGACUAGCAAUGUGAUUGAUAGAGUGGAUAUUGUAACAUCGGAUGGAGAGUUUCAGAAAUUGAGGAGGAGCCAGUUAACAUUUGGAUACCGAUGGUCAUCUUUGCAACAAAUGGUGGAUUUAGCGGCAAUUGCGUCUGUCACGUUCAAGUUAAGCCCAGAAACAACAGCCAGGGAGCAACAAAGAAAAUUCUUAAACAAGAGGAAGAAGACUCAACCGAUAGGAGAAAAGAGUGCUGGAUCAGUGUUUAAGAAUCCGCUGGGGCUUGAAAUAUCAGCAGGAGAGCUGAUUGAGUUGGCUGGAUUAAAGGGUUAUGAGCUUGGAGGAGCCAAGGUUUCUGAUGUUCAUGCAAACUUCUUCAUCAACUUCAAUGGCUCGACUUUGUCGGAGAUGUUGACACUUAUUGAUUUUGUCAAGGAAAAGGUGUUGCAAUUGUUUGGUGUUGAACUAAAAGAAGAAAUUAGAUACGUACCUUAUGGAAGCUAAAUUACAUAAAUACAGUGUUCUAUUUUCCAACUAUUUUUGUUCGAGCAAUAUAUUUGGAGCAUUGCAUUCC